UUUACACUUUAAAAUAAAUGUUAUAUGUUAUCUGAUAGAAUUGCAGAUUUGAUGAGUAAUUCAACAGAUGUAGUGUACAGAAAAUUGUAGACAGCAGAAAUUAGUAGAAAAUGGAGAGGAAAGAGAAAAGUAACCCAUUCGAUACAGUUAGUGUUUUCUCUCGUAUAUUUUUCUGUUGGGUUUUCCCAAUAAUAAACGAGGGAAGAAAACUAGUUUUAAAGGAAGAAGAUUUAUACAAAUGUUCAAAAUAUCAUACUUCGGAGUAUCUUGGCGAUCUGCUACAGAAAGAAUGGAACCAGGAAUUGCAGAAGAAGAAUUCGAGCAUACUGAAAGCUUUAUUACGUUUCGUUGGUUGGAAAUACUUAGUAGUUAUUCUACUUGUACUCAUUCAGAUGACAGCGUUAGUUGCAGGCCAAGCAUACUUCGUAGGAUUAAUAAUAAAUUAUUUUGAGAACAGAGAGGAAAUGAAUCAAUACAAGAUCUAUGCUACACUUGCGGGAUUUUUUAUUCUACUUGCGAUAUAUUUAUGUAUAUAUAAUAUUAGUGCAUUUAUAACUGAAUUAUAUGGAAUGAAGUUAAAGAUAGCUUUCUGCACUCUUAUAUAUAGAAAGGCAAUUAGGUUAAGUCUUUCGUCUAUGGAAAGAUCGAAUGUGGGACAAAUGGUAAAUCUUUUAGCAAACGACGUCGGCAAAUUCCAAAAUAAAGUUGUCGCCUUAUCACUUUUAUUUACGUCGCCGUUUUUCAUUAUUACUUCGAUAUGCAUGUUGUGGAAAUAUUAUGGAUGGACUAUUAUAAUUGGGUUCUUAGUAAUAUUUCUCUAUCUUCCUAUACAAAUUGCUUUGAGUAAACUAUAUUCAAAAUUGAGAUUACAAGCAGCUGUAUUGGGAGACGAAAGAUUGAAUCUGUUGAACGAGAUGAUUGCUGAUAUGAGGUUAAUCAAGAUGUACACCUGGGAAUUGCCAUAUGUCGCAUUAUUAGAAAAAAUCAGAAUGAAAGAAAUGAAUAAAAUUCGAAUGUUUUUAUAUGCAAGCGGAAUAUCGUAUAUCGUGUCAUAUCCUACAUCGAAAUUAUUUACUCUCCUCGCAUAUCUCGCAUUCUUUUUAUAUGGAGGACAGUUAAAUGCCGAAAUUAUAUUCGUCACAAUGACAUUUUCAAUGUAUAUGUAUAGCAACAUUGUUGGUCUGUUUUCUCAAGCAGUGGGUUUUGUUGCAGAAAUUUUGGUUUCGUUAAAAAGGAUACAGGAUUUUCUCCUCCUUCAAGAAAGAGAGAACGAUGCAGUCAAAACUGUGAGAGAAAGAGAAAAUCCAACCGAAUACGAGAUACGAAUGGAUAGUGUCACAGCUGCGUGGAAAAACUUAUAUUAUGCUUCUGUCUACCUGGGAGAUAGUGAACAACGUGUCGCGAUACCGUUAGGAUGUGUGUUGUGUGUGCUCCGCUUUUCGGUCGUCGCAUCGGCGUUAUUUUUAGUCAGCCUGUGGAUUAUUAUAUACCAUUCGGUUCGUCUCGUCGAGGGCUCCCGUACAAUAUGUGGAAUUUUCGGAUCGGAUUAGCCGUUUAGGAGCUACGGACCUCGGAAUUUCCAGGUUCGCCGGCGGUUUUUUCCGGGCUAUUUCCGAUGGUGAGUGGGCUUUGUAUACAUCGUUUGAUUCGGCUUGCAAAUAGCUUUUAUCCGCAGUUUAUUUCGUUUAUCUGCGCUCAUCCGUUCUCGUUUUAUUUUGUACGGAAGUUUUCUG